CGCCGGCCACCUAGAUUUCGCCUUGCGGUCGCGCGCACGGCUUUGGCGUUCAUUGGGAGUGAAGAAGGCAAAAGCCAAGGCCGGGGGGGGCUUGCUGUGCGGCCAGAACAUGGUGGGUGUAGGGUUCGAGAUCCAGCCCGAAGGGGGAGGGAAUGGCCGAGCCAGGAAGCCGGGUCGCAAGAAGGCCCUGCCUGCCUUCCCCGCUUUGGAGGCCUCCUCAGAUGUUGAGCCUGACAUCCAGGAAAUGGUUCGUGCCCAAAACAAGAAGAAGAAGAAGUCAGGAGGCUUCCAGUCUAUGGGCUUGAGCUACCCGGUCUUCAAAGGCAUCAUGAAGAAGGGCUACAAGGUGCCCACGCCCAUCCAGAGGAAGACCAUCCCAGUGAUUCUGGACGGCAAGGACGUGGUGGCCAUGGCCCGAACGGGGAGCGGGAAAACGGCCUGUUUCCUCAUUCCCAUGUUUGAGAAACUCAAAGCCCACAGUGCCCAGACAGGUGCCCGUGCCCUCAUCCUCUCACCCACCCGGGAGCUGGCCCUGCAGACAAUGAAGUUCACCAAAGAGCUGGGCAAGUUCACUGGCCUGAAGACGGCCCUGAUCCUUGGGGGAGACAAGAUGGAGGACCAGUUUGCGGCGCUGCAUGAGAACCCCGAUAUAAUCAUCGCCACCCCCGGGCGCCUGAUGCACGUGGCCGUGGAGAUGAACCUGAAGCUGCAGAGCGUGCAGUACGCCGUGUUCGAUGAGGCAGACAGGCUGUUUGAGAUGGGCUUUGCGGAGCAGCUGCAGGAGAUCAUGGGGCGCCUCCCCGAGGACCACCAGACGGUGCUCUUCUCCGCCACGCUGCCCAAGCUUCUCGUGGAGUUCGCCCGCGCCGGCCUCACGGAGCCCGUGCUGAUCCGCCUCGACGUGGACGCCAAACUCAAUGAGCAGCUGAAGACGGCUUUCUUCCACGUUCGUCGGGACGACAAGCCGGCGGUGCUCCUCCACAUCCUGCGGAACCUCGUCCGGCCCCAGGACCAGACGGUGGUCUUUGUGGCCACCAAGCACGAGGCCGAGUACCUCACGGAGCUGCUGACGGCCCAGGGCGUGGGCUGCACCCACAUCUACAGCGCCCUGGACCAGACUGCACGCAAGAUCAACCUGGCCCGCUUUGUCCACGGCCAGUGCCCGGCCCUCAUCGUCACCGACGUGGCCGCCCGCGGCCUGGACAUCCCCCUGCUGGACAACGUGGUCAACUACAACUUCCCUGCCAAGAGCAAGCUCUUCCUGCACCGAGUGGGCCGUGUGGCGCGAGCGGGCAGAAGCGGCUCGGCUUACUCCCUGGUGGCCCCCGACGAGGUCCCCUACGUCUUGGACCUUCACCUCUUCUUGGGGCGUCCACUCACCCUCGCCACCCCCAACGAGAAGCCAUCAGACGCGGCAGCGGACGGCGUGCUGGGCCGGGUGCCCCGGAACGUGGUGGACGACGAGGAGUGCCGCCUCAUCACGGACCACGACGGCUCCUCCGAGCUCCAGAGCCUGCGGCGGGUGGCUGAGAACGCCCACAAGCAAUACGUGCGCUCCCGGCCGGGGCCCUCCCCCGAGUCCAUCAAGAGGGCCAAGGACCUGGACCCCAGCCUCUUGGGCCUGCACCCCCUCUUCAGCUCCCGCUUUGAGGGUGACGAGUUGGAGAGGAUGAAGCUUGUGGACAGCAUCAAGAACUACCGAGCCCGGGCUACCAUCUUCGAGAUCAACGCCACCCCCCGGGACCCGGGCAGCCAGGUGAUGCGGGCCAAGCGGAAGCGGGACCACAAGGCCAUCGCCAAGUUCCAGAAGGGUCAGCAGGAGCGACAGCGGCCCCAGCCCGGCCCGACCCCCCCCACCCCAGAGAACCAGGAGGAGGAGGAGGAGGGCCGUGUAGAGGUAGGGCUCAGAUGGGGUGACCCUGGGCAAGUCACUUGA